AUGGUGAAGUUCCUGCUGAUUGCUCUUGCAUUAGGCAUGUCCUGUGCACAUCAUGAAUCUCUUGAUUUAAAUCCCUCAGAGGUCAAUGGGACCUGGCACACCUUGUACAUAGCUGCGAAUCCUGUGGACAAGGUAGUGGUAGGUGGACCCCUGAGAGCUUACUUUGAGCACAUGGAGUGCAGUGAUGAAUGCCAGACAAUCAAAAUCAAAUUCAAUGUCAAGGUGGACGGCGAGUGUCAGACACACACUGUUGUGGGAGAAAAACAAGAAGAUGGGCGGUACACUACUGACUACUCUGGUAGAAAUUAUUUCCGACCUGUACUGAAGAAAGAAGACACUAUUUUCUUUCACAACGUUAAUGUGGACGAGACCGGAAAGGAGACAAAUGUGAUUUUAGUUGCUGGGAAAGAAGAGACCCUGAGCAAAGCACAGAAGCAGGAGCUUAGGAAGCUAUCCAAGAAAUACAAUAUUCCAAAGGAGAAUAUCCAGCAUUUGGUGCCCACAGGUAACAUCAUUUUGCUUCACACAGCAAACAAAUGCACCUGA